GGCUCCCCGGGAGAUCUUGUUCAGACUGGAGACAUCUAAUGUGGCCCAGAUGGAGUGGUUGAAAGAGAUGCAGGAGAAGAGAGCCAGUGGCCUGGGUCCUGGGAAGGGGCAGGCGAGGCAAGGCAGAGGGAGUGGAGGGAGGGGGGCGUCGGCCCACGUGCUGGCGGGGGGGACAGGGAAACAAUAAGGCCUUUGGUGAUUGUGCAGGAUCCACCCCCACCUUCCCAGCGUGUCCCCUCUGCGGGCUGGAUCCGGGUGGCUGCUUGGGGGCGGGGCAGGGGGCCCUGAAUGGGUCCCUUGUCUCAGUGCUGGGUGUGGGCCAGGCUCCCCAGGCACACGGUGCCCUCGCCAGGCCUGGCCGGCCUCCAUGGCUUCCACCCCCAGCUGGCUGAAGACGGGGCCCUGUGGGUGAGCAGGCCCCUCCCUCACAGCCUCGGCUGGGCUCCCGUCGCAGGCGGAAGAGGCAGGUAGGGAGAAGGACCCCAUCUAGCGGGGAAGGGGAAAGCAGCAGCCUCCGCCUCAGGAAGACCCUGGCCCCAGACUAAAGGGGACCUGUGGAGAGCCAGACCCUGCAGACUGACCCGGGUUGGACUCCCCACCCUGUCGCUCCCUAGAUUUAUGACUUUGGGCAGGUUCUUUGGUUUUUCUGAAUCUCAGCUUCCUCGUGGGCAAAAUGGCACUGCCAUAAUACCUACCUGAAGGGCAGCUGUGAGGAAUAUGUGACAUCAUACAUGAGAAAUGCCCAGUGAGUACCAGGCGCUCGAUAAAUGCUAGUUUCCCUUCCCUGGAUCUGGGGGAAGGACACCCAAGUGUGCAGGGAUUGGCUCUGGGGGUCCUGCAAGGGCUUCGGGGGUUGGGGUUGGGGCCAGGCAGGCUCUCACAAUGGCCUAGAACUCUCCCUCCCUCUAGGUUCUCAUCCACUUUGACUCCUCUCCCUGUCCCAGGGAGGGGAGGAAAGCCCUAGGGUGAGUGGUCAGGGGGGGCUUUCCCCCUGGAUUCUCUAUUUCUUUCUUCACUGCUGUGCUUGAAGCUCCCGAGAGACCCCUUAGGUGGCGGCCACUGGCCUGCAGCCUGUCCCCCCGCUCCACCCCUUACCGUAUCAAAUGCUGGUUCUGCCCCCUAUUUUGGGGCUUGAGUAUCCAGAGAAAUGACUGUGGUCAUGAGGUUCUUCCGAUGGAUUUGGCGAAAGAUUACUUGCUGGGUUUUCUUCUGGAAACACAAAGCUAAGACAACCAUCUUGGAACACCCUGACUCCAAGAAAAAUGUGUUGAAGGUGGAGAAGACUUCCAAGGUGGUUGAGACUUUCAAGUUGGUUGAACCCUCCAAAGAGGCGGAGGUCUUCAAGACACAUGAGUGCCCCAAGGUGGCCGAUCCCUGCAUGUUGGCUAAGGUGACAGAUGGGGCUGAGGUGAAGGGGGGCCGUGGGGGCCGAUCCCUGCUGCAGCUGCCCCAGACGGCCGUCAAGUCUGUCUCCACGCUCAUGGUCUCGGCUCUGCAGUCCGGCUGGCAAAUGUGCAGCUGGAAGUCUUCUAUGAGUUCUACCUCAAUUACCUCCAAAGUGAGAACCAAGUCCCCUUUGGAGUCGCCGGAGGCUGAGAUGCUGCGGGAAGUGUACCUGGUGCUGUGGGCCAUUCGGAAACAACUGCGGCAGCUGGCUAGCAGGCAGGAGAAGCGGAGACGGCGGCACUACCUCCAGGCCCACACUAGCCCCCAACCUGACCCAGUUCAGGGCCUGAGACAAGAUGCCCGGAGUCCCCUCUAGAGGGGAACCCCACGUUCUCAGAAAGCCCCCACCUCACUCUUGGGUAGGGUUGGAGAGGUUAGGACAGCAGCUAGGAGUUGUGGGUGAGGAGAGUUUUCAUACUGUCACCUCUCAAGAGGAGCCCUGAGGCCUGGGCUGGGGUCCCACAUGCUCCCCUUCAUUCCGUUUAUUCAAUUUGUAAAAAAUUAUAAAAAUGUUGAGAAAUAAAUGUCGAUAUUUCUGAGUAGAUGUCAAGUGUGU